AUGUCUCCUGCUCAGAAUGGAUGUCGUGGCGGUGGUCGUGGAACCAAGGAACCGCUUCUCAUCGACGCGAUCAUUGGCAAAAUGGUUAAACGCAACCGUCGGAACUUCUCUGCCGCCUGGAUAGACUACAAAAAGGCAUUCGACUCUGUGCCCCAUACAUGGCUAAAGAGGGUCCUCGAACUGUACAAAGUAGACUGUACAGUAAGAGACUUCCUCGGGCACUGUAUGGGGCAAUGGAGUACGAUCCUUUGUCAUCUAGGCGAGCGGAUGACGGCUGCGGAAUACCGGAUAAGGAUACGACGGGGUAUUUUCCACGGCGACUGUUUGAGUCCAAUAUGGUUUUGCCUCUCCCUGAAUCCUCUCAGCGUGUUACUGGGGGGCUCGGGGGGAGGAUUUCAGCUUCGGAGAGGAGGGACAAAAGUGACCCACCUUUUCUACAUGGAUGACCUCAAAUUAUUCGCCUCCAAUCGCUCCCAUUUGAUGGAAUUGCUUAAAGUCACUUGUGAUUUCAGCAAUUCUAUCAAAAUGGAGCUCGGGACGGAUAAGUGUGCGGUCCUUCAUGUCGAAAGGGGUAAGGUUACUAAUACGGAGGGCAUAGACUUAUCUAUGUCCGUUAACAUAAGGACCCUCUCUGAGGCUGAAACAUACCGAUACCUGGGUAUGUCACAAAACAUGUGUAUCGAUGAGGCUGGCAUGAAACAGUCAGUUCGUGACGUGUUUUUUGCACGCCUGACAAAGGUGUUUAAUAGCCAUUUGUCAGGCGGGAACAAGGCACGUGCUUUUAACGGCUGGGUCAUGCCAGUCCUCAUGUAUACCUUUGGCAUACUCAGGUGGACUCAAACUGAGCUCAACGCCCUGGACCGAAAAGUCCGCACAACUAUGACGUCCCACAGAAUGCAUCAUCCGAGAUCGUCAGUGAUGAGGCUGUACCUGCCGCGGAAGCAUGGCGGGAGAGGCUUUUUAAGCGCCCUCACCAUGCACAAUCGCGAGGUGUGCAGCCUCCGUAACUACUUUCUGGCGAGAUCGGAUGAGUCAAUCUACACGGACGUCAUUAGUUGUGAUAAAGGACAUACCCCUCUAUCCUUAGCCAACGAGCAAUGGCAGGACCCGGGAGUACUGUGCGUUUCCGACCGAGAGGCUGUAUGGAAGGAGAAAGAGCUCCACGGGAGGUUCUACAAGGCUCUACACGAGCCUUUCGUAGAUACUGUUGCCUCCCUGAACUGGCUACGUUUCGGUGACCUCUUUGGGGAAACCGAAGGUUUUGUCUGUGCGAUACAGGAUCAGGUUAUUAAGACGAACAACUAUAGGAGAUACAUCCUAAAGGAUGGCACCGUCGACAUCUGUCGAGCUUGUCGCCAUCCCGGGGGGGAGUCGCUUCGGCAUGUUAUUUCCGGUUGUUCCAUGCUUUCUAACUCUGAGUAUCUGCAUAGACACAACCUAGUAGCCAGAAUCUUACACCAGGAGCUCGCUCUGAAAUACGGCCUCGUGGUUCGAAAACUGCCGUACUACAAGUACUAUCCGGAAGCCGUGCUCGAAAAUGACCGCGCCAGGCUCUAUUGGGACCGGCCCAUCAUCACGGACAGGACGAUUGUUGCGAACAAACCUGAUAUCGUGGUGAUGGACCGGGCACAGUCGCGGGUAUUUUUGGUCGACAUUACCAUUCCAUAUGACGAAAACCUCGUGAAAGCCGAAACAGAUAAGAAGACAAAGUAUCUGGACCUGGCUCACGAGGUGACCGACAUGUGGGGUGGUGUGCCGACUGAAAUUAUCCCGAUAGUCGUUUCUGCCAAUGGGUUAAUCCCAGUCAGCCUCUCUAAACAUCUGAGGCGACUGGGACUCCGGGACGGAUCGCUCCAAGCUCAAAUGCAGAAGGCGGUGCUCCUCGAUACCGCCCGCAUCGUCCGCCGGUUUCUCUCCCUUUCGCCC